ACUGAUCAGUAGAUCUAUCAUUGACAUCAAAUAUAGGAACGUUGACUACUUUCUGCUUUGGCGCCAAAUGUUAGUAUAUUGUUUAGCGAAGGAUAUUUGUCAGCUGCCAGGCUCUGGUACAUAGAGUAAAUAAUUAAGUGAAUAUAGCAGAAAUAGUGUCUUGAUACGUACCUUUUAGAAUAUUGAAGAAAUGCCUUCCAAGGAUUAUGUGACUGACAGAGAGCAGUUGAAGCAGUUCCUCAUGGAAUUUGCGACGGUGGACGACAGCAGUCAGAAGCACUUCAAGUACGCGGCUCAGCUUGAAAACAUUGCCCACAGAGAGCAGGUGGCCUUGACGCUGGAGCUGGACGAUCUCUCAGAGUUCGACGCGGGCCUGGCCGACGCGGUGGUCGGGAACACGCGCAGAUACGUGGCGCUGGUCAGCGACAUCGUCCACGAGCUGCUCCCCACCUACCGUCGUCACGAGGUGGUGGCCAAGGAUGCGCUUGACGUGUACAUAGAGCACCGCACCAUGAUGGAGCAGCGCAUGAGGCGGCCGGGCGACCAGCACGCUCCCCAGAACAAGUAUCCCCCGGAGCUCAUGAGGAGAUUCGAGGUUUACUUCAAGGACGCGGCCCUGCGCAAGCCACUGCCCAUCCGGGAGGUGAAGGCGGAGCACAUCGGCAAGCUGGUGACGGUGCGGGGCAUCGUGACUCGCUGCACGGAGGUCAAGCCCAUGAUGGCGGUGGCAACCUACACCUGCGACCAGUGCGGGGCCGAGACCUACCAGCCGGUCAACUCGCUGACCUUCACGCCGCUGUUCCUGUGCCCCAGCGAUGACUGCCGGGUUAACAAGGCGGGCGGCCGCCUCUACCUGCAGACGCGCGGGUCCAAGUUCGUCAAGUUCCAGGAGGUGAAGAUCCAAGAGCACAGCGACCAGGUGCCUGUCGGCAACAUCCCUCGCAGCCUGACUGUGUUCUGCCGCGGGGAGGUGACCCGGCUGGCCGUCCCGGGGGACCACGUGUCCAUCACCGGGAUAUUCCUGCCGUUGCUUCGUGCGGGCUUCCGCCAGAUGACCCAGGGGCUGCUGUCAGAGACCUUCCUCGAUGCCCACCGCCUGGUGCUGCUGAACAAGCAGGAGUCUGAGGAGAUGGAAGGGGCGGAGCUGACGGGGGAGGAACUGGAGCAGAUCGCGGGAGGGGACUUCUACGCCAACCUGGCCAGCAGCCUGGCGCCGGAGAUAUACGGCCACGAGGACGUCAAGAAGGCUCUGCUCUUGCUGCUGGUGGGCGGGGUGGACCGCCGCCCCGACGGCAUGAAGAUACGAGGCAACAUCAACAUCUGCCUGAUGGGCGACCCGGGGGUGGCCAAGUCGCAGCUGCUGUCGUUCGUGGACCGCCUGGCGCCGCGCAGCCAGUACACCACGGGCCGGGGCUCCUCGGGCGUGGGGCUGACCGCGGCGGUGAUGCGCGACCCGCUCACCGGCGAGAUGAUGCUGGAGGGCGGCGCGCUCGUGCUGGCGGAUCAGGGCGUGUGCUGCAUUGACGAGUUCGACAAGAUGGCGGAUGGGGACCGCACGGCUAUCCACGAGGUCAUGGAGCAGCAGACCAUCUCCAUCGCCAAGGCAGGCAUCAUGACAAGUCUAAACGCUCGUGUGAGCAUUUUAGCAGCAGCCAACCCGGCUUACGGCCGCUACAACCCACGCCGUACUGUGGAGCAGAAUAUCCAGCUGCCGGCAGCCCUUUUGUCUCGCUUUGACUUGCUGUGGCUUAUCCAGGACAAGCCGGACCGUGACAACGAUCUGAGGUUGGCGCAGCACAUAACGUAUGUGCACCAGCAUUGCAAGCAGCCGCCCAUGACCUUCCAGCCCAUCGACAUGAAGGUCAUUCGGCGUUACAUCGCCCUGUGCAAGAAGAAAGAGCCCUCCAUCCCAGAGGAACUGACUGACUACAUUGUGUCGGCGUACGUGGAGAUGAGGAAGGAGGCGCGCAACAGCAAGGACACAACCUUCACUUCCCCAAGGAAUCUGUUGGCAAUCCUGCGAUUGUCUACCGCCCUGGCAAGGUUGCGGUUGUUCAACAAAGUCGAGAAGGAAGACGUGGAAGAAGCUAUUAGGCUCAUGGAGAUGUCGAAACACUCCCUGGUGCAGACGGAUGAUGUUCGAGCUAGGCCGCAGAACGUGGUGGACCGCAUCUUCGCGGUGGUGCGGGAGCUGGCGGGCGACGCCAAGACGGUGCGGCUGUCCGAGGUGGUGGAGCGAUGCACCAGCAAGGGCUUCAAGCCCGACCAGGUGGAGGAGUGCAUCGAGGAGUACGAGGAGCUCAACGUGUGGCAGGUCAACCAGGCGCGCACCAAGCUCACCUUUGUGUGACCCGACCCUCCGGUCCCUUCCCCCUCCUCAGGACGCUGCGUUCGUGAAGGAGUGCGACCUGUUCCAGGUUCGACACACACUUUACAGGACCUUUUGUAACUGCACACGCACAGACGACGUGCCUCGUCCGACCAACGUUUGUGGAACUGCCGCUUCCUCCCCGUUUUCUCGAGUCUGAACCACUCCGUGCUUUGCAGUUGUGACGUGCCACAUCUUCUAUAGUUGUCACUUGUUUUCGCAGUUGCAGUAUAUGAUCAGUCAACCAGUGGAACAGUGAAAAGGAUCGAGUAAUUUAUUUCAAAACUUUAUGUGUACUACAUCAAGCACACCGUACCUUUUCAUUUCUUACAUCAUCCGCCACUCCCCCUUUCCUCUCCAAGAAUAGAAUGACUUGUAUGGGGGGGGGGGGGGGGGGCAGUUGUGAAGAAAGAACACAGUCGUGCCACAAUUAGUCGAACAGUGGGACUUACAAAAAAAAACUUUACUACAGGAUAAAAUGCUACACCUAUUUAACACGUGUUAUGGUGACCAAAUAAAGGCACUGUAAUUUUUUAAUCAAUAAAAUAUUAUGAUUUAUGAAGAAAAACAUAAUCAUAAGGUUUCACUGAAAUAAUAAUUAUUUUAUGCUGAAUCUCAAGAAAUGGCAAAAAUUUGUACCCCAAAGACAUUUUUUUCCCUUGAAAGCAAGAAUAGUGUAUGUGUGUGUGUAUGUUUUAUACUUCUGUCAGCUAAAGUACACCACGAGUAAUUGGCUUUAAACUUUUCCACAGCAAGUGGAUACGUGAAAAAUUUUGUGUGCAACUUAUUUCUUUAUCAAUUUAUUUGAGGUUUGGAAAAAGUGUGAGUAUGUGUGUGUGAAACUUCAAUUUUUUAAUGUUAAAAAGCUUAAUCUAUUUACAAUAAAUAUAUUGUUCUAUAUGAAAUUUUUUUUGUUAUAGCUUUUUUAUUCCAAUUUUAAUUGUUUUAUAGUUAAUUUUUUUAAUGUACAAAAUUUUCAAUACUAUGUUACAUGCAGUUUUAUAAACAUCAAAAACAUUUUUCACAGUAAAUCUAAUUAAUCUACUUUUUUUUAACUUUAAAUUAAAAGUAAACUGUGUUUGGAAGAUUGUAACUAAACAUUACAUGUAAAAUUGAGAUUAGUAAAAAAUAAGCAACUUGUUAAAUUUAGAAAUAUUUAUCUUCUUAAAUAAAGGCUACAGAAUAAACAUUA